ACGGCGUAUCGACGAGCGCGGUUUCGGGAGCGCCUUGCGAGAAAAAACUACCGAAUAUAAAUCGAGAACCAGCGCUCCAGUAUCCAGUAUCCGUCCCCUUGCAGAAGACCUUUGAUUUGUGCAGUACCCUAUUUCAGUUGGUGUCCGCAUCGGGGUUUUGUUCGUACGAGCCUAUGGCAAAACUGCCAAAGUGGUCUUCGAUAGUAUUAUGUGGUAAACGAUUGAUCCGAUUUCGACACCGAAAGUGCCGUUUGGGGUUGCUUGGCUGCCAUAUGAAGCUCUGUCACUUUCUUGGAAGAAAACAGUACGAAGAAGAGCCAUGCACGUGUACGCGCACUGUCCAAACCAACAAAGUCAAGGUAGUGGACGAGAGAAUCAAUGUUUGCUUCGUCCCGAUUUUCGACGGAGGACAUUUCCGCUUGCAAGAAACGCGGGGCCUGAGUAACCAAUAAUUUUCCGUGUGUAUUAUAAGUAGUAGCGUAGUAGUCGUGUGCUGCUUUGCAGCGUGGAGGUGGAGAGCGAGAGACGAACCGUGGACUGUGAAUCGAGGUCUUGAGUGAUAUCGCUGAUCACUCCGCUUGAGGGCUAACCGGGCCAGGAUGUCUCCAACAUGUGCCGGCAUUCUAAAACUAGCCAUUGUAUUAACGGCUGGACUCCAUGGGUGCCAGUCGUUUGACCUGGUGUACUGGCAGGACAUGACACUACCUGCGUACUUCCUGAACGGCCAAAACGUCACCAAGAUCGGCCACUACCUCCCGGCAUGCGCCUCGGAGGUCACGGAGUUUCACGACAGGCAAGUCGCCACGAAAAUUCGCCUGGUGAAUCUCAACACCAGCUCGGUGCUCAUGGAGUACAAUCCCGGCGACGACCCGUUCGACUCAGUCGAGCAUGUUCGUUCCGCCACCGCCGCCACCGCCACGCCUGGGGGGACGGCGGCGACUGCGGCGGGAAGACGGCGGAGACGGCACGCACAUGCCCAGCACGUGCACCAACGCACAGCUGCCGCUGGUGCGUCGGGCCGAGGCGACACGGCCGACACGCUGACGCCGGGGCACACGGGCCUGUACCGGUGCAUCACCGACGACGAGAGAGUCUCCGCCACCACCUACCAGCUCAACGUUGUCGUGCCACCGGUGAUCGCCUCGCUUGCCAUUGUGUCAGCGCUGCACACCGCGGGCACUGAACAGGCCAUGUGCACCGUGACCGGCUUUCCCGAGCCCACCGUAACCAUGACGAUUGCCGGUUCCAGCGGCGCCCCGCUAGCUGCCGUGGUCACCCAUAGCAACCAGACGGGCGGCGUCUUCACGAAGACGUACGUGGCGCCGAUAAACGCGUCGGUGUCACCGGCCGGUGUGCCAAUCGCCGUGACGUGCUCCGUGACCACCAACACGCCGGCGUUCAACUGCUCACCAGCAAGCGAUCUUGCAUUGAUGACAGCCUGCCAGAACGCUCCCACCGAAGCAAACCGGACGACAACCGGAGUCUCCACUGCCGGAGGUGCAGCUCAGUCCCCAGCAACCACCCAAUCUCCACCAGUUGCAGGCGCAGGUCGGGCUCCAGCGCAACAAACACAUAGACCUCAACCGGAUCAGCAGCCCACUAAGGGACCUGCUCCCAGGCCUCGAACUCAACAACCACAAACACCUGCUCCCAAACCCCAACCUCAACAACCCCGAGCACCUGCUCCCAAACCUCAGCCUCCAGCUCAACAGCCGCAAAGACCUGCUCCCAGGCCUGUGCACCAGCAGAGGCCUGCGACCAGGCCAGCAGUGCAGCAAGGGCUGACAGCCACUACAUCUCCUGGUUCCAACAAGACACUACCCAUGCCAGCAAAGUCAGCCGCCUUGAACGGCACAGAAGACGGCAGUGAGACCGGUGCCAGCUCCGGCGGAAAGGUAGAUGGCACGCUGGUGAGCCUGCUGGUGAUUGCCGGUAGUUUUGUGGUCAUCAUCAUCUGCUCUGUCUGCAUUGCCACCAAGUACAAGGGAAACAAACAGCCUAAGAGUGACAGUAACCCGGUGAGCGUGUCCUCAGAACCAAAAGGAAAGGCCGUAGAACCUGAUGAUGGCACUACGACAGCGUUUCAGCGUUUCUGGGAGCACACAUCGCCUCGCCUCAAGGAGUGGGCACAGAGUUACAGCACCGAGAACGAAGUCAAGACCGACGUUGCUACCAUGACGCCAGGUUACUCGUCCUUCGCCUAGCUGCCCCCGCUCUCCCUGUAUCUAUCCAUCUCUCGUUCUCUGUCUGUAUUUCUCUGUCUGUCUGUCUGUCUGUCUGUCUGUCUGUCUUUCUGUCUGUCUCUCGAUCAUCUGGUCUGUGCCCGCCUUUGUCACUUGUCUCCCUUUUCAAUGCCUUCUCGUUAACACAAGCACGAAAAACAAAUGCUUUUUGCCAAAAUAAAUUCUAUUUUCUUCUCUACCUACAGUCCAUUUCAAAACUAUAGACGCGUGAACUCAUACGUACGAGUCGUACGUACUGUAGCGCACGA